CUACACAAAGUGAAUAUACUUUUAUUAGUGUGAUGUUCUUAGAAAAUUAGACCUGAGAUUAAAUAUUACACCUAUAGGCAGAUAUAUUCAUGUAUUCUUGGAAGGAACAAGCAAGGUGUUUGAGGCAUGAAUGAGAUUCAUGGAGUGUUGUGUUUAUUGGUCUAUGACCCACUGCACAAUAUAAAACGCAGCUGAUUAGACACAUACAUACUGAGCAACCACUGACUUCAUCAGUCACCAUGGCUGCUGGAAGGAAAGUCUUGUCAAAGGUUAAUGUUAAAAGUUACACAUCUGCGUUUGAGCCAUCGACACCAAUGCCAAGUGACUGUGAAAUUGAGAAAAUCAAAGGAAUGAUGGAGGAAUUGAAGCCUAAAGUUGAUGAUGUAAAAAGGCUUUUUGACAAAUUGUGCGAGUUUACUACAGUUAGAGAUAAUACAUUGAAACUCGUUGGAGAGGCAUUUGAAUUUUUAAAUGAGAAACAUCGAAAGGUUAACAUAGCCAAGGUUGCUGGAAGUAGCGUGUCAUUGGUUGGAGAUGGGCUUGUUAUUGGAGGGGUUGUAGCAGCUCCAUUCACGCUAGGUUUUUCCCUGAUAGCCACUGCAGUGGGUGGCGCAAUUUGUGCAGUGGGGGGAGCAACAUCUGCUGGUGCUGGUCUUGUGGAGCUAUAUAUAUCCAAAAAGAAAGUAUCAAAGAUUCAGGAAGAAGUUGGAAAAGAUAAAGUAUUUGCAGAGAGAUGCAAA